CCUUCGGAUUAUCGAACGGGUUCGGAAACUCCCAACUAUAAGAUAUCAUCCGUUGGUGGGGAAUGCAGGCGUGUGAUUAUUGUUUUUGGUUAAUAUAUAGGUUUGUGAUUCAAAAACGUAUCAUGACCUGUCCAAAGGGCCAAACACCAUCAUGUAAUGAGAAGUUAUAGGUUGUAGGACAGCAUUAGGAGAGAGGUAAGAGGCAGUGUCACUCAUUGCUAAUGAUGCCGCAUCAUACCUUCACACACACACACACUCACAAGACACUUCACACAAAGGAAACGGUAAGCCAUAAAACCCACCACAUCUAUCGACCGAGUUCACUUCCCUUCGGUGCUCUCUUGGAUUCUUCCACUUACCUUUCCGUCUUUCUUCACAACCAAAGCUUUUUCCCUCAUCCACUUAAUCCCUUUUUAUACGCUGUGUAAGAUAGGUAUAAAAAGGAAAAAGGACCUCCCAAUCCAGAGAGGGGGAAGGGAUGAGCUCUGUGUGCAAGUCUUCCGUGGGUUGCGUUGACGCACGUGUGCCGGUGAGGGCGACCUAUGUCAAUCUCUACAAGUGGCCGGAAUCCGACGCCGAGUUUGUGAAGUGGGUGGCGGGAAGAAGAAGAGAAGGAAGCGAGCACAGGCACGACAUGAGCGGCGAUGGGAGAAGGAAGUUGGGGCCGAGCCCGAGGGUGGUGGACAGCUACUCGUGCCGGCAGAUGUAUCUGAGGAGCUACACCUUCUCGAAGAAGGAGAGCUUCCCGGAGAAGACACAGCGGUGCCUUGGUAGAGUUAAGGAGAGGGCCGUCGUCUGCCCUUUCCUCCACCAGAGGUCCGAUAGCUUCGGUAGUAUCCACUCAAAUAUCAGUAACAAGGAUGACACGAAGAAGAAGAAGAAGAAGAAGAAGAAGAAGAAGAAGGGGUGCGUGGCAGCGAAGAAGCUUCUCGAUUUCAUCUUCCGACGCCUGCUCUCCUGCACCUCCAGCGUCGACGUGGUGGAUCGCUCCUCGCCUUCGUGAGGGUAUCUAUCUAUAUCGCAUCCUGCUCCUCCUCCUUAGUUUGCUCCCUUUAAUUUGUUGUCGUCAUGUUCUUUCCCUCCUCCAAAACUGGUGGUUUCGUCCUCCCUUCGAUCAUCCUUCACCAGAGAUUGACUAUUUUUAUAUAUGUCUAAUUGCCGGAAGGUGCUAUCUUGCCUUCUCUCUCUCUCUCUCUCUUUCUGUCUCUGUGUGUGUGUGUGUGUGUGUAUGUAAGGGGUUCAUUCAAGAGACUGGUCUUGUAUGCUAGCUUAACUCGAUCCAUUUGGUUUCAUGUGGUUUUAUUAUAAUCGUCGUUAUAGAUUUUAGCUCGUACAUGUAUUGAUUAAAAGAAUCACGAUGUUUGGAUUUGGUGGCGGAGAUGCGGCCGGGGGGUUGGGUUUGGUGGUGCAUUCGCCGUUUUUCCUCCUUCCACCGGGCCUUUCCUUGUCGUAGCGGCGGCGCAGCACAGGAACGGAUGGGCAGAGGAUGUAGUUAAGAAGCUCUCACUUUGGUGCCGCACACGCUACUGGUAAGAGUGAUUGCUCUCAAAGAAAGGUAUGGAAUAAAACUUUGUGAUUGCUGGAUUUUAUGAAAGCUUCAGUGACGAUUGAGACAAUUAAUUCGUCACUAAAAUAAAUAUCCUUUAAAUAUUACCGUUGUA